AUGGCACCUUCAACUCAUUUCAAGCUGAACACCGGUGCCCAGAUCCCCGCAGUGGGACUUGGUACUUGGAGAUCUGAGCCAGGUCAGGUACGCCAGGCAGUCUCAUUCGCGCUGCAGAAUGGAUAUAGUCACAUUGACGCAGCAUUGAUCUACGGAAACGAACACGAAGUAGGCGAGGGCAUUAGAGACAGUGGUGUUCCUCGCGAAAAUAUCUUCAUCACCAGCAAACUAUGGAAUACACACCAGUCGAAUGUCGCAGAAGGCCUUCAAAAGACCCUCACAGCUCUGGGCACAGAUUACCUCGAUCUCUAUCUCAUCCACUGGCCCGUGCGACUCGUUCCAAACGAAACAAGCGCCCUCCUCCCCGUCAACCCGGACGGAACACGAUCCGUCGAUCGAGCCUGGGACCAGAACGAAACCUGGCGUCAAAUGGAAGAGGUCUACAAAGCCGGUAAAGUGAAAGCGAUCGGCGUAGCCAACUGGUCUAUUCCCUAUCUCGAGGAUCUGAAGAAGAAAUGGACUAUUGUCCCUGCAGUCAACCAGGUCGAACUACACCCAUUCCUUCCUCAGCAUGCAUUGAAAGAAUGGUGUGAUGAGCAUGGCAUUCUUCUUGAAGCGUACUCGCCACUUGGGUCUGAAGGUGCUCCGCUGAUGUCGGAUCCAGCUAUUCAGGAAAUCGCCGAGAAGAAUGGCGUUUCUGCUGCUACGGUGCUGAUCAGUUAUCAUGUUAACCGGGGUGUUGUUGUGCUGCCUAAGUCAAUUAAGGAGAGUCGGAUCGUGAGCAAUGGUCAGAUUGUUACUCUCUCGCGUGAGGAUAUGGAUGUGUUGAAUGGGUUGGCGGCGCAAGGAAAGGCUAAGCGUAUCAAUACGCCUUUGUUUGGUUGGGACCUUGGGUUUGAUGAUUGGUAUAAGCAGUGA